CCUCGCCGGCCUCUCGGGGGCGCCGCCGGCUGCCUCCACGCCCGGAGGGCCCGGCCGCCUUGGGGGAAACCGGAGAGAAACCAGCGCCGUGCACGUACAGUGCAGCUCCGCGCGUCAUGAAUGUAACGUGUGCCGGGGGUUAAACGGGCCUAGCUAGGUAACCCCCGGGAGCUCGACCCAGCAUCCCCCCCUCGGUCCUGCUUUAUACCCCUUCCCCGGUUUUAAAUCUUUCGUGUGUCCCCUGCUUUUGAAUGAGGACCGGACUGCAAGAAGUCCUGUUUUUCAGUUCAUUGGUGGAAAAGCACGUCAAUCAUUUGUUCUCGCGACUCUAUUGGCUGUGCCUAGAGGUAGGGCGGUGCACAGCCGGGAGGAGCAGCGUUGGGAGCCAGGUUGCCGUUGCCAGGUCUUAAAUAUGAAAUGAUAGAAUUGGAAGCUCACAACGAUCAUAUUUGCUGAAAAACUAUCAUACGCUGAAAAAAUAUGCAAACAAGUAUGCAAGUAAAUCUUAUUUCCUUUCUGUUGCUCACUGUACGUCGCCAGUAAGAACUGGGUCAUCAAAGUUGAAGCAUGGCUUUAUUUGGAGGUAUGCUGUCAUAACAAAGUACUGAUAGCAAACCCAACAUCAGGUUAAGGCUCUCUGAGAACCACUUGGGUUUUGCAUAUGCUGCACCAAUGAGCUGCCUAAAAAAGUAUGGUACAUUUUGAGCAUUUUCACUGAUACUGAUCAUAUGUCCUAUAAGAGUUGAAAUUAUCUUACAAAUACUUCUCAUAUUAUUAUACACCUGGCAACACUGGAGGCGGCCUUGUUGUGGUGGCCCCACCCCUUGCUGCUGACUGGCCAAAGUGGGUAGUGGCCCCACCAGUCCCCACUGGUUGGCUGUGGGGGCCUAUGGUCAUUUCCUCCCCCAUGCCCAAAGGGCUGUUUUGUAUUCUGGGGAUGUGUCAGAGGCCACCCUAGGUCUGGUGCAGUUCUUUGCUGUGGAAAAACGUGUCUGUUGUAUUUUUCUGCAGGCCAAAAAAAAAGAGGAGGGAAUGCUGAGAGCUGGCAUUUUCCAACGGUGCCUCAAGUCUGUCCGGGGUGCUCCCCAUUCUAGAAAGGUUGAGAAUCACUGGGUUAAGCCAUGCCAGCCCUUCAGCAUGCCCACUGCCCUGCAUCGCCCAUGUUUGGUCAUCUCCAUGACGGAAAUAUUACAUUUGUCAUUGGUGUGUCAAACACCAGGUCUUCCAAGCUGUGUUUCCUGAAGGAGCAGCUCAUAAAGGCUCUCUUCUCAAUGGCCAGCAGCCCAGCAGAAUCCAAGUUCAACAUCAUAAGCUUUGCUGGCAAGGUGGUAAAAUGGUGCAGUAAGUUAGUCAAAUGUUCUCUCAGUACUGUCACUGAAGCAGCAGCAUGGAUUAGAGCCCUGCAGUGCGGGGAUGGUGCAGAAGUUGUGUGCGCCUUGGCUGCAGCAUUUGAAGAUCCCGGGUGUCAGGCAGUGUACCUGGUCACGGAUGCUGUCCUUGAGAGCGCUUCAGAGGAAAUCUGUCACUUUCUUAUAGAGACUGGGGAGUCACGCCCUGUGCACAUUGUAUACCUGGUGGGAAAUCCAGGUGAUUUUGAAAGCCACACACAAAAAAUAAUGGAAAAAGUAGCCAGACAGUCUGGAGGAUCCUUUCGGGUGAUCAGCUUCCACACAGCUAGUGCUUCAGAUGAGGUAAACACCAAAUGCUCAAAUGUCCACUGUUGCAGCGCAGUCACUAAUCCCUCAGGUUGUUCAUUGCUGUUGGGGUGCCCCAAAAAACACUUUCCUACUUGUGGAUGGAGACCAGAUCCUCCUACUCUACCCCUGGCAUCGUCAGCAAAGGAGAAUUUGAUGGACUUAUCCCUAGAGGUACCCCAUUUACUGAGGGGGGCUCGGAUCCUAGCCAGGAGAGAGACUGAUGGGUAUUACUACCAAGGCCACAUUGCCCAACAGGUGAAGAGGUCUGGGGAAUGGUUUUUAAUUGAGUUUGAGAGAAGUCGCUUACGGAAAGGCAAGGUGCAGCAUCGAAUGCAAGAAACCCCCCUCUAUGAUAUCAUCCAAUAUGAAGAUGCCAGGCGAUUGCCUCUAGCUCCAGGAGAUAGGGUCCUGGCACCCUGGGAGCCUAAAGGUGAACGAUAUGGCCCAGGCACUGUACUGCAGGUUGCAGAGAGCAAAGCAGCACAUUUAGUGCCUGACAACAGAGAAGUGCUUGUGAAUUUCUGGAAUGGGCGGACUAAGAAGGUGCGCGCUGACCAAGCUCUGUGGAUCCCUUUGCCCUUAAGCGAGCGCAUCAUUCUAGAACUUCAGAUGCCCUUGGCAGCCAGGCAGAUGCUGGUGGAAUCAAGCUCAGACUAUCCCUAUGUUGUGACACCUGGUUACAGAGCAUCAGGGCACUGCAGACAUUUAGAUCCUGUUCACUGUCAGAGUGACUCACAAGUCCAGUCAUAUCCUGACUGCUGUUUUCUGUGUCCCUCACUUUGUCAUUGCUGCCCUGUAGCCUGGGUGCCUAUUAGGCCCAGGGUGAGCAGAGUUCAUUCAGAUGAUGACCUGAUCCCAGGAACAAGCCUGACCAAAGAAGAGCUGAGCAGGAAGAUAGAAGAACAGCUGUCUAAAGGGAGCACCCUCAUUUCAGAAUGGGUCUCCAGAGAGGAAGAGAAAGAAGAGAAAAAGGGAGCAAAGGAAGGAAGUGCCCCUAAAGACUUAAAAUCUUGGAUGGAGAACCCUCAGGAGUUGAACCAUGCCAGAGUUGAUAUGGCUGUUAACACAGACAGCUGCCUAAUGGAGUUAAUGUACAAAGACAGAGAAGGCAAGAGGUACCAUGAGGCUGACCCUGAAGCUCAUUUUAAGAAUGAUCCAGGUCUUUUACAGUCCAGAAUUGCAGAAGCUCCAGCCCAGCAACCCCAAACAAACCCUUCCAACAAAGUCCAUGCUUUCAGCACUUCUGGUCGCCAAGCUUGGUUUCACCGAGUGGAUCAAUCUCUAAAGAAAGACCGCUUGACUAUUGAAUCUACCAUGUGUGCGCAGAGACCCCACAGCGCUCCAACUGUGCAGAAAUCUGCAAUUACCAAUGCAACUGAAGAGAGCCUGAGAGAGGCAAACUUCAAUGCAGCCAGGAUUGAGCACAAAAGGCAGCAAGAGAAGCAGAGGCAGGUAAAGAGGGAGCAACAGCAACUGGCAGAAGGCCUGAGACACCAGCUGUUGCAAGACAACCGCAGGCAGAGAUCUCUUCAGAGAAUGUUGCAAGGGUUGGAGAAGCAGCUGGAGCACAAUGAGCAGGCCUGCCAGCACAUGGUGCAGCUCCAAGCUGCCAGGGCAGAGAGGAACAGAAAGGAAUCCUCUCUGCAAGAGGAGGAGAAAAAGAAGGAGACUCAAAGGCUGCAGUUCCUAAAGGCACAGCGUCUGCAGAGAGAGAAAAUUCUGGCAGAAUACGAUGACAGGAUCUCUGACCAAGACAAAAAGAGACAGGAUUUGCUCAGGACCAGAAGGCAAUCCCGACAGGAGAUCUUGAAACAAGAAGUACAGGAGCAGCACACACAGCAGAGGAAGCAUGAGGUUACCAAAUGGAGAGCAUUCCAAAAUCGGGACCAGUUGCAUCAGAGACUGGAAAAGAAAUGCCAAAAACAUCGGGACCUCCAGCAGUACCUCAGGGAGCAGAGCCUUUUGAUGCUCCGUGCCUCCUUGCUGUUGUAAAAAGGCUGCAGUGCAGGUAAUCAGUCUCCUGAGCACUAUCUCAAGUCUGCUAUAUAUGUUGUAGAUGUGAACCAAUGUGCUGGGCCUGAGUUAUAAUGCAGUGAUGAGAAGCAGAUGACAGUCAUUCUUGGAAAUAUUUAUAUCUCCCCUUGAGCAUAGUCAGAAUCUAUUUGCAGGUACCCAUCCCUUACAAACCUUUCUUGUUGGAGUGGUGGAUCUAUCUACUGUGAAGACACUCAGGUCAGUAAAACUGCUGGCUGGUUUCUAUUUUGUCUUAUAUGCUAAAUAUGUAGUGGCUUUGGAGGUGGACACAAUCUAGAAUAGAGAUGAGAUAUAACAGGCAUCAGAGGAGAGAGAUGUUUGCAUUUUGAUGUGUCAGGACAAAAAUCCAGCUCUGUUGAGUUUCUGACAGAACCGUCAAGCCAGGGAGCAGGAAGGUAAUAGGCUGUCUCCUCUAGAAGACCACUGAGACUAGACCUGCUGCACUGUCUUCUGAACUCUUUAGUGCCAAGAAGAUAUAAACCAACUGAGGGAGUUCAGAGAAGAACAGCAAAAUGGCAAAAGGGUUUUAGGACUAACUCAUAUAGGAGACAAAGAACACAAAGCAUACUACUACCAAGCAAGGGGACAUCAGCCUGUUAGUACUUUCAAGCUGCAAACCCAGAGGGACAAAAUGCUGUAUGCUAGUAAAAGGGGUAUGGGUUAGGACUAGGGAGGGGAAAAGACAAACAAGGCAAAAAAAAGUCAGGAGAAGCUUCCUGAAAGGGAGAGUUAGCAGGCUGGUUAACUGUCCCAGGAGACAGAUGGAAGCCACCCCCCAUUUAAAAGUAUCCUAGGAAUGACCAAAGGGUUGUAUUGUUGGGGAUAGUCCUGGACUGGCAGAAGAAUAAACCUGCUAAGUGUUUUUCUACUCCUUGUGGAACAGAAGACUGAGAGCACUUUUCUUCUGCACAAGGUUACAAAAGUGUGUUUCUAUACAUAAGAAGCCCUGUAGAAUAGGAAAGGCAGUCCUAUGGCAUUCUAUCAGGGGUACAACUGGGACAUGGGUCACUGGGGCUUGACAAGGUCCACACCAGAGCCACUAGUCAGGGGGUCCAGAGCAGGCAGCUGUAGGUGUAAAGGACUGGGACAUAUGUGAUCAGCAAACUGAAGUCAGGAGCCAGCUGUUGAAAGAUGGGGGUCUGGUCUGGAACAAGGAAUCGGCAGGAAGGAACCAGGAAACUAAGAAUCAACGUGCAGAACCCUAAGAACAAGAAGUCAGAUGCCUGAGGCUAGGCAGAAACUAAGCUGCUAAGCACUGCAAGAGCUGCUUGUAUAAGCAGGCAGACACACCCAUGCAGGCAACUGGGGCCACCUGGAAGCAGUUAGGCUGCUGACAGCCUGGCCCCCUCAGCUAACCAGGGCCAGCUGGGGGCUGUUUAGCCUGUCUGCUGCCUAGACUCGUGAGGCAUUCUUCCCAGUGCACGUGCUAUAGUGGCAUGGUAUCCUGCGAGAGCCCUGAGAAGGGGGGGGAAGUCAGGGAAGAGUUGUGCAUAAAGUUUGCAGUCAUAGAAACAGGUUAAUUCACAUAGCACAGCGAGGUGUCAGUGUCCAACCUGCAGCAUUCAGCACAAACUACCUUGAAGUUUCUCCUCCCAGUCAAGAGGACACUUGUAAACAAGAGAGUUGGUGGAAGCACGAUAUGUCAGUAAGCUGGACUGUUACCAGCAUUGGUACACAGGCAGAAAAGAGUCCAUGCAGAGAUAGGAGCUUUGGAAAAGCUUAGAGAGAGCUCCAGAUCUUCUAGUUUUGGUUUUAGUUUCACCAUGGAGUCUUCCGUUGCCAAGACAUACUCCACACAGACACAGGCCACUCCUGCCCACAGCAGAUAAACCUGGAAUACAAAUUGAUGGAGGUUUUCUUUUUUUUUUCUUUUAGUAUUGUAAUGGACAAAAAGACAGAUAGCUUUGUGACCAGGGUCACUGACUUAGAGACCUGAAGAAUAGGAAAUAAGAGACUUUGCCCAGUGCCUGGAAUAUGCAAGAUGAUUAUUAAAGCAAGUAACUUUAGUACAUAUAAAUGACAAGUUCAGUCAUGCUAACCAGGAUGAAACUGCAAAGGCUACCACUUUUAAUUUUUAGAGAGAAGUAGUUAGUCGUACAGCAGUUCCCAAACUCUGAUAGAUUGCGCACCACCAAUUUAAAACGAUACAACUUUAAGUACCACCAGCACAUUUGUGUCAUAUAAAGUAAUUUAUAAAUCUGUUAACGCAUAUCACUGACAGAUUGCCUGUGUACCACUGGUGGGUGGUACCUGUACCACAGAUUGAGAACUGCUGGGAGAAGGCAGGGCAGUGUGGCACCUUAGGGCAUGUCCCCAUGAGUAGGAACAGGCGUUUCCCCAGGGACAAGUAGCAGCAGCACACCUUGUACUUCUGCUUCUUGUCCCCAGGGAAUGCCCAUGACGUGUGUCCUCUGCCACACAGCACAUUACCCUGGGUGGGGUAGGGGAGGCUGGGGCAAGCAACUGUGCUGGCUCCAGCAGCCUUAUCUAGGAUUUGGGGGGGCCUUGGGGAGCUGUAGCUGCAACGAGCCUGCAGCAAGAAGCCAGGCCAGCAGCCAGAAUGUAGCUUUGGCUGGCCAGGCUCCAGUUUUGGGUGGCAUACACUGCUCCCACAUGUGCUGCCCUGCUUUUUUUUUAGGUGUGGGGUUCUUUUUUACCCCGGGAUCUCCAGCGCAAGGAAUGCCUGCAUGUGCAGCAUGUGUGAUGUGUGGCGCCACAGAUGGGUCUUCAGCACCACAUACUGCAUAUCUGAACUCAUCUGGAUUUGCCCUGAGCAACUAACUUAUUCAGAGAUCCAUAAGCUUUUCUAGCCUACUUCAGAUGCUAUGAAUGGACUUGCAGAGAGCAGGGGUACUACGUAAAAAGGAGUAAGAUAAUUUAAAUACAAAGGAUAGGGAAAGGGGGAGGAAAGGAGUGGGUGCUACUGAGAGAAAUUAGUUGAAGAGAUCAAAGGAGAUAAACGAAGCAGUUAAACCACUGAGGGACACAGGCUAUGAAAGCUAGUCCAAGUAACGGCAUAACAAUCCAGAGUCUCUGUUGAGACCGUACUUAACACAAUCCAACCUGUGGAUUAUUUCUUGUUCUGCAAUUUUUGCAUUCAGGUUGAUUUUUAAAGUUUUGUUAUUUAAGAACAUUUACUCUGAGGUCAGUGAUGGAAUAGCCAGGGAGGUUAAAGUGUUCGGCCACUGGCCUUUUUUGGAAUUGAUGUCAGGUUGACUGUAUUUUGAGCCUUGUCUUCAUUGUCUGUAUGUUGUAAGUAAUAAAACCAGUUGAAGGCAAGGCACUUAAAUUUUACCACAAAGUAAGCUGGCCAAAGAAAACUCCAUGUGAGGGCAUAUAAAAAUAAUUAAAAACGGGCCCAUAAGGGAUCUUGAGACAUCAUGUAGUCCAGCGUUUCUCAACCUACGGGUCACGAUCCAAAAGUGGGUCGCAGCAAUGUUUUAAAGGUUUGUGAGCAUGUCCCAGAAAAACACAGGAAAGUAUGGGUUUCCCCUUGCAGGGUGGCAGCAUUCCAGCCUGCUAGGGGCUGUUUGGGGUGAUUGGAGGCAGUGGGCACAGAUGUAUCUGCAUGUGCACACACAGGCAGGCAGGGUCGUGGGAGCAGCCGCAACAGCUGGGUGCACAUAAGUGUAUGGGGAAUGGAGCGGUGUGUGUGUGUGUGAGUGGAGGGGUGGGGAGGGGAGGUGCCUGCCCCUCCCCUAGGGGAAGGGGCAGGGAGCUGUAUGGCUGGACUGGCGGCACCAAUGCCUGUACUUGCAGAGGUGGGGUGGGCAGGAGACGCUGCCCAGGGGCAAGAAGGGCCAUGACCAGACUCCCUGGUGCAGUGCAGGAGCCCCAGCCUAGGGCACCGGGUGCCACAGGGCUCCCAUCCUCCUCCUUCCAACCUCACUCCCCUGCUGCCCAUAUGAACCAGAGCCGCUGCAGCUGCUACGUUCCAGCAACAGUGGGAUGGGGGCAGCUGCGAGCUCCCUCCAGCAGGGGGCUGCAGGGUGGGAAUGAGGGGCACCAGGAAGGUCCUAGGGGAGGGAGGAGAGGGGGUGUGGGUCGGGACAGGCCUUUGAUCUUUGCAAAUGGGUCGGUUAGAAAAAGGUUGAGAACCACUGAGUCCUCAAGGUAGAAACAACUACAGUUAAACUAUUCAUGACAGAUAUUAGUCUUUUCUGUCUUUAAAAACCUCCUAUGACACGCAUUUUAUAACCAUCAUAGGUAACAUAUUCCAGUUAACUAUCCUUGCUUUUCCUAAUAUCUAACCUAAAUCUCCCUUAUAGUAAGAGAGAGAAGUGGCUUCAUGAGAAUAAUUCAAUAACCAGUCACAUUUUUGGCUAACUAAAAGACCGUACUAGUUUACGUAUCAAAAUGUUAGUAGCAAAGAUGAGUCUGAAACUCAAGAAAUGCUUCAUGGUGUAAUACAUUUUUAGUAAUAAGACAAGGUUUUAAAAUAGUUUAAAAAAAUAUUUUACCCUCUGAUUAUUUGGAGAUUUAAUAUACAUAUUGUUUACGGAAGAAAACGUGAAAUACAUAGAGCAGUUAGCUUGUUUUUUUCUAAAUUAUGCAUGCUACACUGUGCUUCAUAGUCCUCAGAAAAUAUCUGGCAGAUUACCCACACAUGCAGCCUCUCUCUAUUACUCAAAGAUUCAACAGCAGAACUCUAAAUAAAAAGUAUAGCAUUACUAAAAAUUAAUUCAAGACAUGCUAGGAAAUAUUUGUUUGUAUAUUAUUCUAUUUGCUACUCUCUGUGGAUUGUGCAUAUUGCUCUUAAAAUAAGGCUGAAAAAUAAUUUUUAAAACUAAACCAGAUAACUGAGUUGCUGUCUUUUAUAGUCCAUAUGUGGUAACUUGAAAAAUUCACAAUAAAUCUUCUAGCCAUUAGUGCAAACCGUCA